AGUCCUCUGAGAGCCGCGUCCGCCCGCGUUGCCUUCGCCGUCACGGCCGGCACCUCCUCCUCGUUCCAUUCAUUCGCUUUCUUCUUCUUCUUCUUUUUUUUUUUUUUUUUUCAUUCACAGAGGUAGUGAAGCCUAGUCCCGAGCAUGGAGCGCGCUGUCCCCACGGCCGGCUUCCUCUACUGGGUGGGCGCGAGCACCGUGGCCUACGUGGCCUUGCGCCUGUUGUACUCGCUCUUCAGGGCAUUUCAGGUCUGGGGUGUGGGGAACGAGGCCGCGAUCGGCCCGCACCUUGGAGAAUGGGCAGUUGUCACAGGCAGCACUGAUGGAAUUGGAAAAGCAUAUGCAGAAGAGUUAGCAAAGCGUGGAAUGAAGAUUGUCCUAAUCAGCAGAUCACAGGAUAAGCUGAAUCAGGUUUCCAGUGAGAUCAAAGAAAAAUUCAAAGUGGAAACAAGAACCAUUGCUGUUGACUUUACACUGGACAACAUUUAUGAUAAAAUUAAAAUGGGCCUGUCAGGUCUUGAAAUCGGCAUCUUAGCUGCCCAGAGCUGUCUUUCAGGUUUCAUGUCGAUGCUGGUCAUAUAUAAUAAAAGCAGGACCCUUGGUAUUGGGCACAAAGAGGAUCUCAUGAACAACGUGGGAAUGUCAUAUGAGUAUCCUGAAUACUUUUUGGAAAUUCCUGAUUUGGACAAUAUCAUCAAGAAACUGCUAAAUACUAAUAUUCUUUCUGUUUGUAAGGUGACACGAUUGGUGCUGCCUGGCAUGGUAGAAAGAUCUAAAGGGGUCAUUCUCAACAUCUCCUCUGCCAGUGGCAUGCUCCCAGUUCCACUGUUGACCAUCUACUCUGCAACCAAGGCUUUUGUAGAUUUCUUCUCUCAGUGCCUGCAUGAGGAGUACAAGAGCAAGGGCAUCUUUGUGCAGAGCGUUCUGCCAUACUUUGUAGCUACCAAACUUGCUAAAAUCCAAAAACCAACUUUGGACAAGCCCUCUGCACAGAUGUUUGUGAAGUCUGCAAUUAAAACAGUAGGCUUGCAGUCCCGAACCACCGGAUACGUGAUCCAUGCUCUCAUGGGCUCAAUAAGCUCAAUCCUGCCUCGUUGUAUCUAUUUUAAAAUCACCAUGGGUUUCAACAAGUCCGUGCGGAGUCGCUAUCUGAAGAAAACCAAGAAGAACUAAGUACUGCAAACUCGCCAAGCUACUUGGCCAGAUGCCCUCAGCACAGGCUCCCCCAGUCUCCAGAGUCUGUACUGUCCUUUGAGUAACUAACAUGGCCGAAUUGGCAUCAUAAUUGGGAAGAAAACAGAAACUGCUUUUAGGGAUUCUAAUACAGCCAGGAAUAGUUUAAUGUAAAUGCCUGUAUCAGAUGGAUGUAGGCCCAUAUUACCAGUACCCCUUGACAGAAAGGAAUAUGAUUACAGCAAGUCACAGAAUGACAGGGACAGAUAUAGAGCCCAUCUGGUCCAAAAUGCCAGUCAUUUUAUAGUCAUUACACUAUAAAAUGUAAUGACCAGCUACUGUUUUGUUUAACACUUAGAGGGAAUGGGGCUUAACUGACUUGCUUGUAGUUAGACACUACACAGUUUACAUAAAUUUCUGUAAGGUUUUCUACAAGUUCCAGUUGGUGUAUGUAUGUGGAACUAUUCUCAAAAGUAGCUAAUGACAUGAAAUUUUGAAAUAUGAAAUUAUUUCUGACCUGAGUCCACUGAACUCUUUCUUGUAACACGUCUUCUCUGUUUAAAUGUAUGUAACUACUGAAAGCUGUAUGGCAAGAUUGAAUUGUAAAUGUAAAUGGGCCAAAGCAUACACUUGAGACUGGUAACUUCCUAUGGGACCACUGGGGUCCAGGAAAGCAGCAUGCGUGGACCCCCGGCCUUCUUUGUAUCUACGCUGUACUAACACCACUCACCCAUAACAACAGACUCAUAGAAUAGCAGGGGCAUUGUGGAAAUGGUAUUGUUGUUUUUAAGUUGGUGCCCCAUCAGAGCACAUAUAUCUGGAUUUAAUAAAAGAUGAUGUAACUGGUGUGGAAAGAAAAAA